CUUAUUCCGGCGGAACACGGGCCACCACCGGCAUCGUGACGGCGUUCCCGCCACGCUCGCUACGAGAAAGCGAUCACUGUCCACGUCCUUCCACUCGCAACGCUGAUUCGGACGCGAAGCCAUAAAUUCCAAUUCAGUUGCCUAAUCUAGCUCGCGUCCGCUUCCGCUCGCUUGUGAGUUUAUUCUCCUACGUUGUUCUCUUCGCCGGAUAUUGCUAGCUAGCUCGCCGGAGUUCUUUUGCGGCUUAAGCUGUUCAUCAGUUCAGUUUGAAAGAAAUGCGGAAGUGUGAUUGAGAUCACGUGUGGCGUUCUGUUGUGGAAAUGUUGGAAGUUGACGUCGCUGACAGCAAAGACUCGUCACUUGAGUCUCUUUUAGAAGACAAUUGGGUAAAUCCAAUUAAGGAAGUGAACCAUUUAUUGUGCAAUCUUAUUCAGACGGAACAGGGUGACAUUUCUGUUGCCAUCCCAAAUGAGGAGGCUAUUGAAGUUGAUUGUUUACUUGAAGAGCCACACGCUGAAGCACUAGAUGUUGAUGCCAUGUAUUUGAACUCAGAAACUUUAGAAAAUUGUUUAAAUGUGGAAGGAACUCCAUGCAGUACGGGGUUAUAUGACCAGCGAGACGAUUGUGGCAUCUUGGAUGUUGAUGCUGAAAAAGCAGGGAUGCAGGCAUUAAAGUAUGAAUUCAUGUUCCAAGGAAGUGAAGAAAAUGAGAAUCUUCAUAUUUCUUGCAAUCUUUCAUGUGACUGUUCUGAUUAUCUUUUAGAAAAUUCCCUGGAUCAUCAAUCAAACAGUGAAGCAACGUUUGGAAAUAUGGAAUAUGCGGGUCAGAUCCAAUGCAUGGAUAGUGGUGUGGAUGAGGUUGAGCCAGACUACAUUUCCAAAACAUUUACCGUUGCCUCGUUGAUCCAAACAACGGCUCCAGAUUCUACAAAAGUUCGAAGUCAAGAUGCCUUACACACUGCAUUUUGUCGAAAUACCCCUUUAGAAGCCCAAAAAUGGCGCAAUCAUGAAUUAUUGUUUGACGAGCAGAAAUUAACUGCAUUGGAUAACGUCUCUGACCUGAUGGAGAGCGCAUUUCUUUACAGCGAAAAUGAAGACGAAAUGAUAUUAGUUCCUCAAAAUGGAAUGACUGCUAGCUCUUUUGUAAGUAUGCCACACUCUGGGGCUCUGGUGUCAGGUCCGGCAAAGAAUGAACUUCCAUAUGAGGAUGGCCAAGCUGCUGUUAGUCAAGGAGCUCAUAAAGUUUCAGGAUCAACAAAUGUUUCUGUUAUAAGUAGCAAGAGAUUACGGAAGCCUACCAGACGAUACAUUGAGGAAACAUCAGAAAUCAAGCCCAGGUGCUCCUAUGACAGAUUUAAGAUGUCUAUCAUCUGCUCCGAAGAAAAGCUUAUUUAUGCAAGAACGGAAAGGAAGAAUUGCUGGAGUGGUGCAGUGCAGCUACUUUAUCAUGACUAUCCUGGUAGGGCGCAUUCUUUGAGGGGUUGCCGAAGAAAUAGCAGCAAAAAAUUGGAGAAUGAUAGGAAGGGAUACAUUUCACCUUCAGAAUCUGCAAAAUUUUCUUGUGUUCAAGUCUCUGAAAAGCCAUACGAUGGAUCUGAUAAAGCUCCCGCAAGAAUCAAUAAGCCAAGGAAGCAUAACAGGCAGUGGACACUUUCUGAGGUUGUUAGACUCGUCGAUGGAGUUUCUCAACAUGGAGUUGGCAGAUGGACUGAAAUAAAGAGACUCUUCUUCUCAACCUCUGCUUAUAGAACUGCUGUGGACCUCAAGGAUAAAUGGAGAAAUCUUCUGAGGGCUAGUGUUGCAGGUCCAACAAACAGGAAUCUGGUUGAAUCACAAAAGAAACAGGCUUCAGCUGCCGUGCCGCAGUCGAUUCUGCAGCGAGUGAGAGAUCUCUCUAUCAUUUACCCGUAUCCCAGAAGCCGAAAGCCGAGAAUUACAGCUCUGCCCAACAUCAUUCCACCCGGUUCAGUUAGUAAGUACUGAUGAUUCUUCCCAUCGAAGAGAGGAUUCAAUUUCUUUUCUUUUUUGUUUCUUGUGUUGUUCUGCAAAAUGUAAAUAGCUAGUUCGCUUUCUUUCUUUUUUUUUUUUUUUUUUUUUUUUUUUUUUUAUGUCUUACUUGUGCAUAUCCCUUGGCCUAUACUGCACAAAAUUUUGUGCAAUUUUACACCCUUUUAGGGCAAAGGCUACAACAUCUCUGUUUCAUGUGAAACAAAUUGAUCACUUUGGCUAUGAUUUUGUGAGAGGUUUAGUUUAUAAUUAGG